AGAGAAAUGUGGAUGAUAGAGUUUCAGUGAUAUGAUUAAAGGCUUUCAUUGAUACGCGUGCGCAUCCAAUGAAAAAACAAACGGACAAAUAGAUAUGGCGUCGACGAGUGAAACUAGUGUAGAAUUAAAAAAACUUCUGCCAACCGCGAUUCCAGAACGAGAUGAUACGGGGCGAAAUUCAGUAACACAACUAACAACAGCCUGUGUACAACAAAAACCAACGCCAUCGUCACAAACGACGUCAAAACAGCGCGGACGAAAAACUCUAGAGCCAUCUAAGUCAAGAGCAUGUGUACAACAACAACCAACGCCAUCGUCACAAACGACUUCAGAAGAGCGCGGACCAAAAAAUCCGGAGCCACCUGAGUCAAGUGCAUUUUAUAAGAAGACAUAUACCAGUGGAAAAAUCCGUUUUAUCAAAGACAACGAACACAUUUGUGAUGCAAAAUUCAUCAAGAUAAAUACUGAUGCUGGGGACAAUGAAAGUAUUCUGGAGCAAGUGGCGGAAGGCGUUGGUAAUAAGCUUUGGCGUCAUUGUCGUAAAAAUCUUCUGCUGUCAGUCACUGCCGGUGCGGAUAAGUUGGAUGAAGCAGGUCGUAUUGCAUUCGAAGAAGGCAUCAAAUUGAUGUUAUCAGGAACAUGUAUUGUGACUGGCGGAACCAACGAUGGAGUGGCCCGACUUGUCGGAGAAGCUGUACAUGAGUUCAACAACUACCUACACUAUGAAAAUAAAUGUCUAACUAUUGGAAUCGUCUGUUUUGACCGCAUACGUAAUAAGGACACACUAAAGCCUUGGGAACUGACCAGAGGGGUGUUCGGCAUUGACUCAGAUGGUGAGCUGUUUACCGUCGAUAAUAGAGGUGAAAGGUGGACGUUGAACCCAGCUUCAUUGACGAACGUUGAUGGUCAAAGUGACGGUAACACCACAACUAACGAAUUUACUGAUGGUGAGCAUGGUCAUUCAAGUUCUAAUCGCUUUGCUGUUGGCGACUUGGUGCAGAUUCGCAGUGAUCAAGAGACCGUCAAGCCUGCAGAUAAUCAUAUUUGGGAAGACUAUUUAGAGCUGACCCUCGGUCAAAUUGGUUUCAUAGUGCUAGUAAACGAGGAUAAUGACCUGAGGAUCAGAGUGCACGGUAAAGAAUUCCAGUACAAGCCCAACGCUGUUACGUUGUUGACGAGAGAGCGUUUGUUUGACCUGUUAUGUACAAACUUCAAGACUCACGAGCCUUCAGAUGGGGACCACGAGCUUGUACAGGCUGUAAAGCACCAUGAUGUCAAUAAUGUCUACGCCAUCAUCCGCCAGGCUUACAAGGAUUUCAACGAAUUUACAAGUGCGUCGCUCGGCGUAGAUUGCAACUAUAACUUUUAUGUCGUAGACGCCAAUGGAGACAGGAGGACUUUCACCCCAGACGAUAUAACAAACGAAAGUACUGCCGAUGCUAUUGAAAGCAAAGCCCAUGAUAUUCCUCACGAUUUUGCUCCCGGUGACCUGGUGAUGAUCCUUGAGAGCGCGAAGACUGAGAUAAGAGAAAAUAUGUUGAAGACACUCGGUAAAGUUGGUACAGUAAAGGCCGUGACCGAAUAUGGUCAACUCAUCAUAACAGUGUGUGGGGUUUCUUAUUCAUACCUCCGGAGAAAUGUUAAGUCAGUGAACCGAGGGCGCUUUGACCUGUUGAAGAAACACUUUCAGACACACACGCCGGCAUGCGAGAGAGACAAGCUUCAACAAGCUGUAAUUAAAGACGAUUUCGAGAAAGUGACCUUAAUAAUACGAAAGGCUUACAAAGAUGCUGAACGCACCUGUGAAUACCGACUGACCACGGCAAUCGAUGAUUUACAAGACAAAGCGAAUACAGAACGUUAUUUGGAUUCACAUAGCAACCUAUUCGUCUUAGUGGCGGAUUCUACGCUAGACGAAUUCGGUGGAGAAAUUAAGUUUCGAGCUAAUCUAGAAAAACGAAUAUCGUCCGAAAUGAUCCGAUCAAAGAUGAAAGGGGAAAUCUACGAAAACCGGUCAGUUCUACAAUUUCCACUUGUUAAUCUCGUUCUCAACAACGACCAAUACACAUUGGAAACUGUAAAAUCUGCUAUGGACGAAGGCAUACCUUCCGUGGUGGUAAUCACUACUGACUUGGAUACUCACAAACGACAAGACAGUGCCAUUUCGGACGGCAAGAAUGAAAUCAAAACAAAAAUGCUUCGAAACAGUAAUAUUCCAAAUGACGCAAUUAAAACGUUUCAAGAAACUUACAAGAAAAAGCUACGCCUUUUGGCGGUCAUAAAGCUUAGCGACAUGUUCGAAAUGCUUGCGGAGAUGACCUUGGAUGUUUGGUGGGAAGCGUGUUCAGUUAAGACGAGUCUCUUGGAAUGGGCUCUUAACGAUCGUGACAAAUCUGUCGUUGUCAAGCGACUGGUCUGUGCAGAUUGCAAUCGAACAUUUUACAAUGGAAUGAAUGGAGAUGCUAUCGCAUUCACCAUGAAUUAUUUUUUGAUUCACAAUGAUGAAGAAGUUGUUCGAGCGUUAGUUCAACUGAAUGUCAACCUGGGACCAACCUCGAUCAAAGAUGGGCAAUACAUAGAAUUAUGUAAUGUUGAGAAUGGAUUGCUGAAACUGAAGACAAAGGACAUACCCAUGGUUUCGUUGGUCAUGCAGAGAGUGCAGGCGCGCCCAGUGCGAGGCAGAUUAUAUGGCUACAAAGACGCCUGGUUACCUGCGACCUACUCAUCUGAGGAACAGAUACGUUCCUAUAUGAUGCAGAUAAAUAAUGAAAAUUUAUUGCAAUACUGGGAGUACAUGUUUAUUUGGACUUUAUUGAUGCGUAAACACGAGAUGGCGAAAAUAGUCUGGACGAAAACAGAGCAUCCGCUCUUCAUGGCCCUCAUUGCACGCAAUUUAUUCGAGGCGGUGAAACAGAAAACAGACGAUAAAAUUCUGAUUGCCGAAAUCAACAACAUGAUGAGCGAGUGGUCUACUGUAGCAAUAGAUUGUCUUAACGAAUGCUACCAGAAUGGUGAUGAAGCCACAUACGUUCAUCUGACAAUGACCAUGCCUUUUUGGUAUGCAAAAUCAUGUCUAGAUUUGGCUGUUGAAUCGAAAAACAUGGAGUUCCUGGCCCAACAAGCGUGUCGCAAUCUAGUUGGGGAUGUCUGGGAUGGGCAACGUAUGGAUGACACGUUAGAAAAGGUUCGCGAGUCAUCGUCAGCCACAGACACAUACAUGAGCAAGUUCUUCUCGAACAAAAUACAGGCUCCAAAAACAAAAUUCGCGUUCAAUGUGAUCUCGUAUUUGGUGUUUCUGAGCCUGUUUGCGUACGUGCUGUUGUUUGAUCUCACGAACGAUGUAUCGACCAAGGAAUUCGUGUUAUUUACAUGGGUACUUGCCAUAUUGGUUGAAGAAAUUAGACAGAUGCAUCAGAUAUAUCAGAUACCUAGUUGUGACAAGGCUAGUUCAUGUGUUCAGCGGAUCAGAAAAAAAAUGAAGAAUUAUUUUUCGGAAGGAUGGAACUGCAUCGAUAUGUUUACGAUCGUCAUAUUUUUGCUUGGAUUCGGACUGCGAUUCAAACAAUCUCAAAUCACGUUUGAUUUGCCAAGAGUCGUGCUUGCUGUCGAUUUUGUCGCGUUCGUCUUCAGACUCGUUUACAUAUUCUCUGUUCAGAAAACACUUGGCCCUAAACUCAUUAUAAUUCUACGGAUGGUACAGGACCUGUUGUAUUUCAUGGUAAUUAUGGCUGUGUUUGUAUUGGCUUACGCCAUUGCCUCGCACUCCAUUCUCUAUCCCGGUGCUCAAGUUUCUUGGGAAACUGCUAGACAAAUAAUUAGGAAGCCAUACUGGCAUCUUUAUGGAGAACUCUUUCUAGACAAGAUUGAAGAAGAUCCAACGGAUUGUACAAAUGACGCUAGCCUAUGGACGAACGGAACCGAACGCUGCCCAAGCGAGACCGGCAAGAUUGUAAUUCCCUUCAUGAUGGGAGUUUACCUGCUGUUUUCCAAUAUCCUGCUUCUUAACCUUCUUAUUGCAAUGUUUAGUUACACAUUUACAACAAUCCAUGAGCAAUCAGACAAGAUUUGGUGUUUUCAGAGAUACUUUAUUAUCAAGGAUUACGCGCUACGGCCUGUAUUAUGUCCUCCUUUAAAUGUAUUUUGGCACAUAUAUCAGCUUUUCCAAUGUUGUCUACAUAAAUGUAAAAGAUCUCAGGCAUAUGAUGAUCCUUUCCAUAUUCCAUACGAAAAAUACAAAAAAUAUGGACAGAAAUUGCGUUCUUUUAUGAACGGUGCAGUACAAACAUACGCAUGCAAUCGAAAACGGAAUGAAGAAGAAAACAAUGAUUCGAGGAUAAAAGCGGCAAAUGACAAGCUUGAUCAUUUGGCUGAGAAACAGGAGGAUUUCAUGCAAAAAGCUCUGGAAAGCUUCGAAGCUCUGAAAAGAAAAGUUGAUGAAUUGGAGAAAAAGGUGAAACAAGACGACGAGUUUCAGAAUACCAUGCUAAUACAGAUCAAACAAGCGGCUGAGAAAGAGGACGAGUUUAGACGUCUGAUGUUAAAUGAGUUCAGACAAAUGCAAGCCAGUAUCGCACCUUUAAAGAAACAAUAAGAUGGAACAAAGGCUGGCAGAUACAUCAUACGGCGGAUUUAACUAACCGCAAAAUGUACGAGCGGUACACGACGUUGAUGCUGUAUCUUAAACGUCAGAUAGGUCUUUAAAAAAUAAUCAUAUAAAGGUGUUUACCAUUUACAUACACAGAAACACGGAAUAUAGACCAAAAGGUGUGUAUUAUAGCUAAUGUCAAGCAUGGACUAUAUAUAAUAUGUUGACGACACCUUUCAAGUAAGAAGCACUACUUUUUCAUUCUUGUAUUGUAGUUAUUGCGCCACACUUCGUGAAUUUGUUGGCCAAAAUAUUUAUGACGUUUUAGAUUACGAACAAUUUAAGUAUUAUAAUACGGAUCGACUAGAGCGUAAGGUGACUUAUGGACAGGAGUUAUAGUCAAAUUUUAAUGUAUGUUCUAUUUGUUUGUAUUGUAUUUGGGAAAAAUAUAUAUAUUGCAAGAUUGUUCAAAUACUUUUGAUUUAACAUGUUAUUUUUAUGAGCCAAAUAUCGAGUAUUAAAUUAGCUAAUUGCUAAAUGUUGAUUGCAACUCACAAUACUCUUAUCGCCAAAUUCUUAGCGGCAAUAAUGCACAUGGACAUUCCUGACGAAACUUACCUUGAAAUACUGGGGUAUUUUUUUGUAAAUUUAGUAAACUAACGUGACUCAUGCAUUUGUUAUUGCGACCUAUGGUGUUAUUUAAAAUGAAAAGUAGUGUCGACCAGACUUGGAAAACUCUGGUGUUAUUUAAAUAACAUUGCAUCUUCAUAAAGCGACCCGACUUUGAAAACUUUUUUUUCCAUUUAGAGGUCAGUGCUUAGACAUUCGCAGCUAUAGUCACAUCAAGUUGGCUCUUCUAGGGCCGUCUCAUCCAUGCAAAAGUGUACAUAAGUGUACAUAAAUUCUUAAGCCUCACAUCAUAACGUUUAUACUGUUUAUCCCCGAAUUGCUCUUGGGAUUUGUAAUGCGUACAUUCGGAUUAAUGUUACGCAAUACAUACAUUUUUGAUACUAUACCGUUCGAGUGUAGUUAAAACAGUACAAAACUUGAAUAAAUACAUUACGUUAUGCUAUUUCGUUUCCUAACAACAUUGAUAUUGAAAGGUAGAGCUAUGAUACUGUGGUAAGAUUCGUAAUAAUUUCAUCAUUUGGCGUGAAUAUUUCAGCGUUUUGUGUAUUGCAAAAAUACUUUCACUCAGCGGUUUGAAACUAACGUAAGGAAUACAGAACGUUACAAACACUAAUAGUUUAAAGUAACAGUUACAAACAAGCAUUUAAAAUAUCAAUAUUGCUUUUCAUGAAUAAAGUAUUCAUAAAUUAUAGAUGUACAAAUACGAACGGGGCUAUUCAAAUAUCAUUUUGACCCUAAUGCCGCUCUAAAGUGAAAACGUACACAUAUUGAUAAUAUUGUUUAGAGCUUAUGUAGUAUAUGUACAUAUUUUCCUAUUUGCCUUUGGUUUUAUUUAGAUUUUUUUUUCAAAGUAAUGCGGUAUUUGAAUAUGCAAUGGAUAAUCGUUGUUUAUGAACAUGGGAUUUUAGUGAAUUGAUGACUCUGAAUCAGGCAAUUUUAAGACGUGUAUGCGUAGAAAUGAUGCGAAAAUAUGAGAAAUCACAUAAGUCUUGGACGCAUAAGAUUUUGCAAUAUAUCAACAUUAAUAAAUAUCUUGAUUAUGAUUUAUCAUGUCUUAAUUUGGAUGUAUGCUGUAUUGUGUAAAUGCAUAAUGUGUAAAAUACCAUGAAAGUAUCCAUUACACAUAAUGAGUAUAUAUUGAUAUUUGUGUACAUUACCAAGUGCGUGUGUGUAAUGUUUGUUUGUCACGAUCAUAUUUUAAGUAUGUUGCUCCCGACUACAUUUUUUACUUUCCAUGAAAUAUUUGAUUUCGGCGUUAUACUUUAAUACAUAUUCUGGGUUAUAGCAUUUCCUGCUCAAGUGGUUUUGAUAGUGUUUGUGUUUAUUUUGUACUGACAUGUAUGUAAAGCUUUUUUAUAUGUAAAUAAUGUAUUAUUUCCUUGAUUUUUAGCUGAUGAAAAAUAUAUUGAUGAAUAUACUCAUUAUUGGGAUAAACAUGUUAUGUGUGCGUUAUUCAUAUUACAGUGUAAAUGAACAUAUGAGAAGUUAUUUUUAUGUAAGAUGUGGUUUUUUCAAAUACUUCAUAUUUAUUUUCACAUUUCCACGCAUACUUAAUUACCUUAUACGAGAAAUCUUUAUGGGUAUCAUAGCUGUGUUAAAAAAAGAAUGUUUUUUUAGAAGUUGACAUAUUUUCGAACAUGUUCAAAAUGUAAACGUGAUUAGUUGUUGGCGAACGUAUGAAGCAUUGUUAAUAAUGAUACAAUGAUUGAAAUUAAACACCGUGGCUUAAGAUAAAUGUGUUUCGGUGUAAUAAAUCGUUCAUGUAUAUAUAUAUUUGAUUAAAACUUACUGUUUGUAUAUAUUGUUUCAUACAUAUUUUGCUUUUGUUAAAAAACGUGUCGUUCGUUAAACUGUAAUAUAAGAGUUUUCUUGUACUUUAAGACAAUCUGUAAACUUGAAUGUGACUGUACAACUUGUUGGUCGGAUGAUAGUCUACCGGGUUAUUUGAAAAAGUAACACUUACCUUCAAUGUUUAGCAUUGACUGUUCCAAGUCGGGAAACCCGGUUUUAUCAUAUUGAACCCAGUUUAAUCAUGUUAUGUUCGUAGUUAGUGUUAUGUAAUAUAAGUAAAGGAUAAGAACUAGAAUUACGGUCCUGAUCAAGUUUCGCGAUUUUCAUUAUUUGCUUUAUUAUUAUAUAACUUAUGUUAUAAGUAUGAAUGCAACGUUCGAUUAAUGAGAUGUAACAUGAGUAGAUCAUAAAACACUAACUUCCAUUAGCAUUUUAAUGUGUGUUCGUCCUUUGAUCGUUGUAUCUAGGGACACAUAUUAUUGCAAUAAUAUUUAAAUAUCCAAUGGCUUGUUAAAUAAGACGGCUUUAACAAAACGAUCAUUAUGAUAGCACGAACACCUUUUAGUAUGCUUCCAAAACUUAUUUGAAUAAUCGUAACUCUAACAUCUACUGGUUUACCUGUUUUGGGCCUUUAGAAUCUGGGGCAUGAAUGAAUGCACCGAGAAAAUUUGUCACAAUAAAAUUCCAACUGAUGAACAUACUUUUAAGUGUGUUUCUUCAUACAUAUAGUUAUUAUUAUUUUAUAAUACUUUUGUUUGACUUGCUGAAUGUUACUGCAGGAGAUAUAUUUGCAUUUUUAAUUAUACUGAUGCGUUUUUUUCUUAGCUAAGAAUACAUAUAUACUACAGAAAAUGACGCAUUCAAUUAAUUUGCAACCAAUGGUAGUAGUAUGUUAAUGUUUUCAUUACUUCCUCUUUUAAGUUGAAUGAACGAAAUGAGAUUGCAUAGUAAAUGAUUCAAUUUUGAUUUCAUAAGUAAUGUAUACAAUUUGAUUGAUACAUUCUAUUAUGUUUGUUUGUCGUGUCUUGACUAAGCAAUCACAUAUGUGGACGUAUUUAAUUGUACUUGAACUAAAAUGUCAUGCGUUUGAGUUAGAUCUAAACAUGCAAUAACAUUGUUUGUCGUUAAAGAAACAUCGCAAAAGGGGUAGAUUAAUCAAAUGUCAGUAUUAUAAUAGUUGUCAAAAACAUGAACGGACAAUGAGAGUUCGACUGACUUUGUUAUAAACAGGAACUCCCUUUACGAACUGGUUGCGAGUAGAAUUGUAAAUGGAAUUUCAUAAGUUGUAUCUUAUGCUAUUUGUUUAAUGAUUUUGAAACUGAUCAUUCACGCGUUACGCACAUAGGAUUUUUAUGAAGCAUUUACCUUUGCUUUUUGAUCAAGAUGUGCAAGCGGGUCAUUAAGUUCAUAGGAAAAGAAUGCAUAUGCACAUGUGAACAUUCUUUAUGGACGUCUGUCCGCAUAAAAUACACACGUUAUAACACCUAGUUUUAUAGAUUUAAAACGUCCCAUGUGUGAUUGCAAUGAAAUAUGCAUACAUUUUAAAUACUUGUAUUACUCUCAUUAUCAUUAGUAGUAGAAUUUGUAUUUCGUUUGUAUUGUGUAUUCUAUCGUAUAGUUUAUUUUUGAACAUAGCUGUUCUAACGUGUUUACCAACACACCAUAGUGCAAAUAAAUGUAAAAACAUACAUAAGAGGUACGUUUUGGACUACAGUUAAAUGUUUAAUUAUCGUAUUUAUGUUCAAUUCUAUAAUUAAACAUUAUACAUUCAAAAAUUCAAAAAUUGCACAAAAGUUACAUUCAAUUGGGUUUAAUCUAUUACACGCGUACGUAAACAACUAUGGACGUUAGUGUUGCUGUAAUUGCACUUUGAUUUAUUGAGAAAUUUAAUCAUAAUUAUUAUGUGUUUAAAUGUAUUUUGUAUUGGGACAAAGUUUCGAGUCUUUAGGUAUAAUAAAAGACCAACCGGUAAUCGAGCAUCACCAUUCGCAAAUAUGAACGAUCAUAUAUUUUCGUAUACGUAUAUUUCACUUUAAUUUAGUUUUCACAUUAUUCAUGACCGUGUGUGUUGUGCAAUGAGCAAACACAGGCUUAAACAAAUAUAAAAUGUGGCAUGGCAUGUGUUAUAAGUCGAUAGUUAAAGAAUAUAUACCCAAAGACUCAAAACACAUAACUGUUUGCUCGUAGUGUGUUGUAGUAGCUUGAUUCACAUAUAAUCUUUCAUUUUGCUAAGGGGCAUGUUCACAGAUUUCCACGAGGAUACAAUGUAUUGUUCACACAAAUUUCAUAACAUAUACAACAAAUAUAUAAUGGGAGCGCCAUUAUAAUACUGCAUUCUAGGUUUCAUUAAACAUAAAUAGUAGUCAUCAGUUGAAAUUUAUACAUUUGCAAUAAUAACGCGAAAAAAAUAAAAACAAAACAGAAAAGUGUUAAAAAACUAAACGUAUUAACAUCAUUAUGUCGGCAUAACCGAAUAGCAACAAGAAGGUAACCGCAAUCGACCUUCGAUUUGCAAGAACUUUAAGCCAAAAGGAAGCAUCAUUAAACUCCCUCACUAUUAUUUUCUUGUACUGCGUAUUAAAUGAUUAAUAGAAGUCCUUAAAUUGUCACGGUUAGGUUAUGAAUCAUUUACAUACAAAACACUGUGAGAAUGUCCCAUAAAUUACUUAUAUAAUUAUUACAAGAUGUUUUUACAUAUGGUGUUUUGAGGCUUUAUACAAUUAAACGAAUAUGUCUUAAUGGUGUAUUAUUAAAGGGUUAAAUUCAUAAAAGUCCAUUCGUCAUUAAAGAACAAAACGGCGAUAUUAAGAUAAAAUUAAAUACACAUGUUUAAGCAUGCAUUACCUUCACUCAAUACUUUUUGUUUGUUGUCAAAAACGUUAUACUGUUGAAAUUGCUUUGAACGACAUAAACAUUAAGUACUUAUAGGCGCCAUUGCCAAAAUAGUUAUAAAAUCGUUAAAUAAAACUGGCAAAGAUUUUCUGUGGGAGCGGGUAUUUUUGGAUUUAAGAACCGAGAAUGUUAAAUCUAUUUAGGUAUAUGUAAAUACCGUUCUUAGGUUUCUACCAAAACCCCAAAAGAAAGUUUCGAGAUUAAUAAUAAUGUAAAUCUAUAUUCUAGAAAAUUGUCUAUGGGCAUCUUUAAAUCGUUUGAAAAGCUGAAGGCAAGCGAUACCGAAAUAAGAAUAUUUUUAAUAAAAGCCUCAAGAUGCCAUGACAUGUACUCAAUAUUUAAAUGUGUAUGCAUGCAUAGUAUAACAGCUUGACAUAUUAGCAAUUAAAAAAAAGAAAGUU